UCAACGAUCCUUGUAAAAAAAAAAAGGCUGCUGUGCUGCAGAAUAAGUUGUCAUCAGCUGUUACAAAAAAAGAGUAAUUUCUUUAAAUGUGCCACUACCCUUUAAUUACAGGGCUGGGUUCCAGAUUAUCAUGUGGUCACUUGUGGAGCCCUAUCUGCCGACAUGUCAGGGCUGUGGGAGUGAACAUAAACUCGGUCUGUCUGUGUUUCGGUGAGGGUUUUUCCAGCUCGGCCCCGGUGCUGGAGUGGAUGCAGCCUGCUGAAAUGACGGAGGAGCUGUAAUCUGAGAGGAGCUCAGAGGGAUUAUUAGUCAAGAAGCCAAGAGCGGCACUUCACACAACCAGAUGUUGCGUUUGAGGCACCGGGAGAAGUCGGGAGCAGCAACGACUCUUCCCCGCGCCUAGACGAACUUUUUACACACUGGUGAUGCAAACUGGCAGGGAGGAUUAAAAAAGGAGAAACAAGAGGAGCUGUUAAAAAAAACUAUUUGUUGUUUGUUUGGGGAGGGGAGAAGAGAGGAGAGGACUUGAAAACUUUACAACUAUAGCUCAGAUUCAAGCUAGUAUUUGAUUUGCAACGUUCACGUGCGCUGAAAUGAAAUAGUAAAUUAGGACUCUUUGGUUUUCUCCCGGCGUUAAAAACUUUUUUUUAGUCUGUGUGAGUGUAUGUGGAACAAGUGGGAGUCAUGGCUUUACUUCACUUGCUCCUAAGYGCCGGGAUGCUGUCCCUGUCCGUGCGUGGAGCUUUUUUCCGGGGACCUUUACAUCCAGAGAUGUCAAACGGAACUUUUCAUCAUUACUUUGUGCCGGACGGCGACUACGAGGACAACGACGACCCGGAGAAAUGCCAGAUGCUCUUCAAAAUGACCGACGAGCGAAAGUGCACUCUGAACGARGACCAGGACGCCGUGAUUCGGGAYGACUUCACCAUCAUAAAGCGGCAGAUAGAGGACUCGGCGCGGGUGCUGGAGGGCAUCGGCAAGAGCGUCUCCUACGACCUGGACGGAGAGGACAGCUACGGGAAGUACCUGCGGAAGGAGACGACCCAGAUCGGCGAGGCGUUCACGAGCUCGGAGAAAUCCCUGCUGGAGCUGGAGGUGAAGUUCAAGCAGAGCCAGGAGAGCGAGCUGAGGGAGGAGCACCGGCUCAAUGACGACUUUCUCAACAUGAUAGUCCACACGCGGGACGCCCUGAAGGAGACCCUGGACAUUUCUCUGGGCCUGAAGGACAAGCACGAGCUGCUGUCUCUCAUCAUCCGCAGCCACGGCACGAGACUGAGCAGGCUGAAGAACGAGUACAUGAAGUUCUGAAAGAAAAUAGUCCCUAAACGCCUCAUUAGAGCACAAAGAAAAGUUAUUUUCAUAGUGUGGUGUGGAGAAGAAGGGGUGUAUUUUAUUUUAUUUUAUUUUUAUUUUAUUUUAUUUUUGGUGGGGGGGCAUAAAAUUUAAGCAUUGGUGUUUUUUUAUUUUAAAGAAAAUUAUAGUCAUUUAUAGCAGUUAAUUUUUGAGGCAUUUGCUCAGAUUUAGUAACAUAAAAAGAGCAUUAAAUGUGUGAUAGCAACUAAACUGGGUGCAGCAUUGUUACCUGAUCUCAGGGUCCUAUUUGGUAGAACAGCCGCAUGUCAGAAUAUUUUUGUUUUAUUAUAAUAUAGUCUGUUUUUUUUGGGAAGUUGUGUUGAAAUAUUUAAUACUAUGCAAAAUGCACGUUGAGGACUAUACAGAUUGAUGGUGUGAAGUUUAGUUCACAAAAAUCUGGGCCUAUGGGUAGUUACCUUGGUUUUUGUGUUAGAAUGUAUUGUUUUUACUUUACUGUACUGGACUGUAUCUGACACCGUCAACACUUUAUAUUUAUAUAAGGUGUAGAUAAAAAAAAAUAAUGAAAAAAAAGCUAAUAUAUUUUCACAGUAACCGACAUGUAAUCUUAAAAAAUACUCUGCUGCAAUUUCUGCGAAACAGCUUGCAGGAGAAAUWCUUCAUGCAUCAACUAGCCAGAUGAAAUGAAAACAACUGAAAUACCACGCUAAACAUCAAAACAAACCCAAGAAAAUGUCAAUUAAAAUGGAAAUAAACUAUUUAACACAUUUUUCUGGCUCUAUGCACUAAAGAGAAUUUUUAAUUUUAUAGAAUAAAUCCCAAAUUUGAUGAAUUCUUUAUGAAUGAUCAAUUUUUUUUUUUUUUGCUCGAUGUGUUGAGUGUUGUUCAAAAUCUAUGUGGAAAUGAAUUCUCUGUAUGACUUUGGAACAUAGAAUGAAAAACAAAAGGCUUUAGUCCUCUAUGACUGAAGCCAGGGAUUUAAAUAUUUACUUGAGAGUAAAACUGGAUGCACAGCUCAGUGUUUGCAUUCCCUUCUGAAUCCUGUUUUUAGAUCAAAUAUUUAAAAUAAAGCAUUAAAGUAACUUUAGUUCCUCGUCUUUGACCCUAAAUAUGAAUGUUCCCGAACAGUCCAAAUAAAUGUUUACAUGGUUUGACGUAGCUGUUGUAGUUUUGUCUCGUUUAGUUUUAUAGGUGAACAGACUUUGCACAAUUCUUUAUAGGUUGUGACAUUAUAGUCCUUGUAAUGUUGUAAAAUGUACAGUUUAAUAUUAGAAGUAAAUACUGUGAGUGCCAAUAUCUUUAUGAAUGAAUCAUUGUAUCUAUGUUUGUUAUGCAAAUUUGAACUAUCUAUCCUUGUUUACCUUCACGACAAGAUGUAAGACUUUGAUGGAUGAGACUGCAGGCAGCACUCGUGUCUUUUUGUGUCAGAAACUUCUCAGUGUGACUCCAUGUUUAUUAAAAAUUGUCUCGUGACUUCUUUGAAUAAAGUAAUUAUGUUCAAAGUA